CGCAUUUAGAUUACGUCAUCACUAAAGGCCUUUCGUGUCCCUCGUGUCGCACAGCGGUUGUCAUUGGAGCUUAGAAUGAAGAAUCUGACAAAGAAAUAGAAACAGCGAAUUUAAAGUUGUGUUUUGAAGAUUGUUUGGCUAUAGUCAUGCCUCGUUAUGAGCUCGCUCUGAUUGUGAAGACAAUGCAGCGGCCUGAAACGGCAGCUCUUCUCCGGCGGACUGUGGAGACUCUAAUGGAGCGUGGAGCUGUGGUGAGGAACCUGGAGAACCUGGGAGAAAGACUGUUACCCUACCAGAUCACCAAACACGGUGAGAGGCAUGCUAGAGGGGGUUACUUUAUGGUGGACUUCCACGCUUCCCCUGACAUCCUCCCGGCUUUAUUAAAUCACCUGCACCGUGACGUGGACGUGGUGAGGCCCACUGUGUUGAAGAAGGACGCCCAGGUUCCACGGAGCAACUGCUGCGGAUCACAACAGUGACCUGGUGGUUCAACACUCAGUUCCACAUGCUGCAUCUCACGGGGCUUCUGUCUUUUCAUUAAGUCAUAGAUACUUGUAAGCAAUUUUGAUAUUGUGUUAUAAUAAUAAAAAAAAAUUAAAGCUGCAAACUA